UUUAACUUCUCCUCACGGCUCCCACGGUACUACAAAUAGACAAAGCAUCGAAGCUGAGCGCUCCACGGCGUAGAGCUCUUCAGUCGCCCAACGAGAUUGUUCGUCUUUCGGGACAAAAUUAGAUGGACAAGGAUCAGGAGGCGGCGUGGCUGGAGGCGCAGAAGGUCGUUGUCACUGCGGACCUCGUGGCGGCCGCCAAGCAGCAGCUGGAGUUCCUAGCUGCUGUAGAUCGCCGGAGGUGGCUCUACGACGGCCCCCUUCUGGAUCGUGCCAUCUACAGGUACAAGGUUUUCUGGCUUCCUUUGUUAGCCAAGCAUUGUGAACAUGGAGCAGAGGAUGAUUUUUUGUAUGUCCCUCUGGACUGUGAAUGGAUAUGGCAUUGUCAUCGACUGAAUCCGGUCCGAUACAAAAAGGACUGUGAGGAGAUUUUUGGGAGGAUCCUAGAUAACCAUAAUGUCAUAUCAUCGCUGCAAGAAAGGUCCAAGCACAAAAUAACAGAGAAGUGGUCAGAGAUGUACCCAGAGGAGCCAUUUGAGCUCAGCUGUGAUUAUACUGUCUCAAAGGAAACUUCAUCUGAGCACCAUGGAGUUGCUUCAAGGCUUACAUAUGAUUUGGUUUCUGCUGUUAAAAGGCAGUCUUCGUUUUGCUACCAGGUGUCGAGACCAUGUAUGCAUGAUAGACGAUAUCUGGAAGGAGCAGCUGCAAGAUACAAGGGUUUCCUUAAUCUGAUCAAGAUUAACCUUGAUAGAUCAAUCAAACAAUUCACUGUGCCAACCUAUGACAUAGAUCUCAUGUGGCAUUCUCAUCAACUACAUCCUCUUUCGUACUGCAAUGACACGAUUAACCUGCUUGGGAAGGUAUUAGAACAUGAUGAUAUGGACUCCAACAGGUCAAAAGGGAAGAAACUUGAUGUUGGAUUUGAUAAAACAACAAAGCAGUGGGAGGAUACAUAUGGAUCCAGAUAUUGGAAGGCAGGUGCGAUGUACAGAGGGAACUCUCCUUCUCCAGUGACAUCCAUUCCAUAUUUUUCUAGCCAUCCAGUUGUAAAUGAAACAAUCAUUGACGAGUCCCUUAAACAACCUAUGGUUGUUCUGGUGCUUUUGGAGAUUGUGGAAAUAAAAAACUUACCAAACAGUGAAAAGAGCAACCUAUUCGUAUUAUUUGCCAAGAAAAAACCAGAUCUAUUCUUCUACGGUGGUGCUCUAAGCAUUCAAUCUGUAUCCGGUAAGAAACACAGAGCCAGUUUCACAUGUGAACCAACAGGAGAGCUCACUUUGACACUUAUGUCAAGAUGGAAACCAAAGAUUGCCACAUUAUCAAGAACGAUUGGGACAACCUCAAUUUCCCUUGAAGACUUGAAUAAUCCCAGUUCAGAAUUGUCGACUGAGAAGUGGUUUGAAUUGAAGCCCCAUUCUGGGAAUGUGGACUCUAAACCAGUUUGUCUACGGGUCGCAGUGUCUUUUACAGUUCCAGUCCUUGCUCCCUUUGAACUUCGCAUGUUUAAAUCACUUUCUAUCUCCACCAACACAUGCUUGUUACCACUUAGAGGGAAGGAAAAUUUCAAAGGUUGGACACGUUUCCUUGAUCAUAAUGGCGAGGAAGUAAUUCGUCUGCAAAUUAGGAAUCUGGAGACAUUGGAAGGCAAAAAAGCCACUUCUUUAACGAGGGAAGUCGUUGGCAUAUCAAGAGAAUCAAGAAACCCAUGGCAGGUCGCAAAGUACUCAGACAAUAACUGGUCACUGAAUAACUACAAUAUCUCCCUAGUUGAGAAUAAUACAGGUCAAGAUGGCCAUAUAUUUGAAAUCAAAGGUGAUUUCAUGAUGAAGCUCUUCCUCGGGAAAAAGCUGGAAUAUGAACCCAAAUGUUGCAAGGAAAAAAAUGGCAAUGAAUUCAUUACACUUGUUGAGUUUUCUGCUGAAAAUCCCUACGGAAAAGCUGUUGCAUUGUUCGACAUGAAAGCUGGUGCUAUCGAGGUCAAUGAAACGAAGUUUGUUUUACUUGGUGUUCUAUUGGCAUUCAUUCUCAAAUAUGCGAACAAAAGGCAACGCGGCAAUGUCCUUCCAAACAAAGAGGAUGCAGAAGUGAUCCCCAGCUCAAAUGAGGUAGAACAUGAUGAGCAGAAGGCAUCUAAUGGACUAGCCUGUGCUGAGGAUCUAGUGAAGAUCGUUGAUUCUGUUUCAGAUAAUGAAGACAAGCUGAACGCAUUAAGCGGCCAAAACUCUGGUGGUUGUGGAGGUGGAUGCGGCGGAGGUUGUGGUGGAGGCUGCGGAGAAAUGUCUGGUGGUUGUGGUGGAUGCGGCGGAGGUUGCGGUGGUGGAUGCGGUGGAGGCUGCGGGAAAAUGUCUGCAGGUUGUGGUGGAUGCGGCGGAGGUUGCGGUGGUGGAUGCGGUGGAGGCUGCGGGAAAAUGUCUGCAGGUCGUGGUGGAUGCGGCGGAGGUUGCGGUGGAGGUUGUGGCAAUAUGUCUGCUGGCUGUGGCGGCGGUUGUGGUGGCAAAUGUGGCGGCGGUGGAUGUGGAGGUUGUGGAAAUAUGGUGGAUGGCAAUACCACUGAUUUUGGUCAGCAUGGAGCUCAUCAUGUCAUUCCCAACAACGAUCCUGCAGCGGGCUACGCAGGGAAUCUGGUCGCCGUUUAAACUCAUAAAGAUGUUACCAAGGUGUGCAAUAAUAAUAAUAGCAGACGUUGAUGUCGUUUGCUUCUUGAUCGUUGCUUGUUGGCAAUGCUUGUACACAUGGAUAAGUGUGACUAAAUUAAGAAAUGUUUCGUCACACAUCGUGGCUUUCCUACGUUUCGCAACUUAUAAUACUAAGAAAUUUAGUUGUGUUCAA